AUGUUACAACUUGAAGAUGAGGAUGGCGAGAUUGCCGAGGAGGAUGAUGAUCCGAAUGAGGCAGAGCUCCUUAAAAUGUUCAAUGAGAAGUCCGGGCGCCAGUGUUAUAAGGAGCGACCCGACAUCUUCACCACGAAGGGCAAAUUCAAACGAGAAUUUGCGUACAUCGCAGCAGCCCAGGGCUCGAAGAAGCCAAAGCUUGGCGGUCCGGGCGGGUCGAAUGGCCGAAUCACAAACCGUCCAUGGGUCAAAGUCAUUGACUUGAAUGGCAACAACGUCCAGUGCGGCUUCGUCGAAACAACUGCCCACUCAUAUUCGCGACUUGUGUUGGUGUUUCCGCGUGCAAGUGGAGCGCCACCAACAUACGGGCUUUCGGGCAUGUUUGAGCGAGGAGCAGUCGCUGGGCGUGCCUUUGUCGCCCUUGAACCCUUGGUCCCGGCCCUCAUCAUCUCCAUCCCAAGGGCCCAGGUUGCCAGCAAGUGGCCUAUGAGCAAUACUAGUAAGGAGAAAGGCAGCAAGCUGGCCGAGAUGAUCCAAACCUUGGACGCCGUCCAACCCGGAGCGAGGGUUGACCUUGUGUCAAUUGGCAUUGAUGGGCUCACCACGGACGUCGCAAGUUUCUCGUGGCUCUUUGACAAGUGGGGGUCUCGGGUUGACAUCCGCCUGGUUUUCAUCGUGCCCGGCCAGUUCCCAGGCUCAGCCUCUGUGUUUCCAGUCCGGUCCAAUGGUAUCCGGUACGGCACGUUUGCCCUCAAGGAUGUGGUUGCGGCUGCUAGCAAGUCGCCGUCCGCGACAGACGGAUCCAAAGAGCUGCUGAGAAUCAUCGAACUGGUCCGGGAGAACAAGGAGGAGUCAUCUUAUGUCCUGGACGGCUGGACGAGCAAAUUUCCGGGUGUGUCCUUCAACAAAAUAUGA